AUGGGCUUAAGUGCAUUUUACGGCAAACCCAAGCCUGACAACGAAAGACUUGCUCUAUUGGAUGCGGCGUACGAGCUUGGGGAGACUUUCUGGGAUACUGCCGAUAUUUAUGGCGACAGUGAAGAGCUUCUUGGGAUUUGGUUCAAGGCAAAUCCUGAAAAGCGUGACAAUAUAUUCCUCGCAACAAAAUUUGCCAACAAAGUCUCUGGAAACGGCUCGAUCGCCGUUGAUUCCUCCCCCGAAUAUGUCAUCCAGGCCUGCUCGAAAUCACUUUCUCGCCUUGGAGUGCCGUCCAUUGACCUGUAUUACUGUCACCGUUUGGACGGAAAGACACCGAUCGAAAAGACAGUGGAGGCCCUGGCUCAGCUUCAGAAGGAAGGCAAAAUCAAAUAUCUUGGUUUGAGUGAAUGCAGCGCGGAGUCCCUUCGACGAGCUCACAAAGUCCACCCCAUUGCUGCAGUUCAGAUGGAAUAUUCGCCCUUUGCGCUGGAAGUUGAAAGUCCCCAGUAUAAUUUGCUGAAAACAGCUCGCGAGCUUGGCGUUGCGUUAGUAGCGUAUGCUCCCCUAGGUCGUGGGUUCUUGAGCGGAACAAUUACGUCGCCGAAUGGGUUUGACGAUGGCGACUUCCGGAAGUAUGCGCCUCGAUUCAGCGCAGAAAACUUCAACAAGAACUUGACCCUGGUGGAACUGAUCAAAACACUCGCAGAGGAAAAAAAAGUGACUCCAUCUCAGCUGACAUUGGCUUGGUUGUCGGCGCAGGGUGGUGAUGUAUUCCCUAUCCCAGGGACCACGAAUGUCGACAGGCUCAAGGAAAAUUUGAAAAGUUUGGAAAUCAAACUUACGCCUGAAGAGGAGAACCGAAUGCGGGUUGCCUGUAUGGAAGUAGAAGUGGCCGGUGGUAGAUAUCCGGAAGGUCAUUCCGCAGCUUUGUUCGCGGAUACACCUGCCUUGUGA